CCAAUCCUCUGGUGUCUCAACUCUCGAUAUCAGUUAUAUAAACUGAUAAACCAGUUAGCCCAAUUGAAGAAGAAAGGCUUCCAACAAAAUAUCUCAAUCCUCUACUCCGUAAACCCGAUUCGUCUCUUCUCAGCAAAAAUUCUCGCGACUGAUUAGUGAGAGAGUUGAAUUCCGAACUAAGGGAUGGCGACGGUAGGGUCGGACUCCGGAGCUUUCAUGGAGAAAUUUGUACUACAUCCUCCAACAAUUGAUUCUCCUCAACAACUCCCACUGAACGGCCUCACUUUUGCCAUCAAAGACAUAUUUGAUGUUGAAGGAUACGUGACUGGAAAUGGUAGUCCUGAUUGGGCCAGGACCCAUUUGCCUGCCGUAUCAACGGCUCCAGCUGUUUUAGCUGUCUUGAAUGCUGGUGCCACAGCUGUUGGCAAAACUUUCAUGGAUGAAAUGGCUUACAGUAUAAACGGAGAAAACAAACAUUAUGGAACACCUGUUAAUCCAUGUGCCCCAGAUCGGGUACCUGGAGGAUCUUCAAGUGGAUCUGCUGUAGCAGUGGCAGCAAAGCUUGUAGAUUUCUCCUUAGGCACUGACACUGGAGGAAGCAUAAGAGUCCCCGCAGCAUUUUGUGGAAUUUAUGGGUGUCGGCCUUCACAUGCAGUUGUUCCUACUAGUGGUGUUAUUCCUAUGGCACAGAGCUUUGAUACAGUUGGAUGGUUUGCAAGGGAUCCUGUGAUCUUGAAUCAAGUAGGCCAUGUACUACUGCGAUUGCCUAAUGUGGAGCCUGUACAACCUAGUCACAUUGUUAUUCCAGAUGACUGUUUCCAACUUCUGAGCAUUCCCAGGGAUCGUGUGACCCAGGUUCUUGUUAAGUCUAUUGAAAAGUUGUUUGGAGGUCAAAUUUUUAGGCAUUUAAACCUUGGUGAUUAUAUUGAGAGUAAAGUUCCAAGUUUGAAGCAUUUUAUGAGUGAAGGAAAUGAGCAACUGGAGUUUAAUAUACCAGCAUUAGUGGCCAUUUCAAAAUCCAUGAGGUUGCUUCAGAGGUAUGAGUUCAAAAGUAACCAUGAAGAAUGGAUCAGUUCAGUUAAACCUGAUUUAGGUCCAGGCAUAUCAGAACGGGUACAGGAAGCCCUUAUGGCAACAAAUGAAAACAUUGACAACUGUCAUGUGGUUAGAAAUGAACUCCGUGCUGCUCUUACUGAACUACUUGAGGAAUUUGGUGUCCUUGCUCUUCCUACAGUUCCUGGGCCUCCAUUUAAACUGCAAGCAGAGGCUUCUGCACUGGAAAACUAUCGUUCUAGAGCAUUUAGCUUGCUGUCUAUCGCUGGAGUUUCUGGGUUCUGUCAGGUGAAUAUACCUUUGGGAACGUAUGAAAACCUUCCAGUGGCAGUGUCUUUGUUGGCCAAGCAUGGUGCAGAUGGUUUUUUGUUGAAUCUUGUUGAGAAACUUGAUGGUUCUAUGAAGGAACAAAUUGAAAUUUCUCAGAGAAUGAGUUUCUGAAGUUCUCUCUUUGUACUUUUCAAGGUAAGCUGGAAGUCCAUUGUAAGAAGUAAAAAAUACAGUAAUGGGUGACAAUUCAUUGUUGUAGUGAUAUGUAUGGGUUUUAAAUGAGGAACGAUAACAUUGUGUUGAGUAGAUUUCUAAAUAUUCAGGCUGGGUUUCUAUUUC